AUGGAAGGCUUCUCACCGGUCUCUCCCCCGCGGAUCUUCUGGAACUCCCGCAAGAGAUCUGGUACGGUUUCCUCUGAUCUGGUCCGUAUCGUGAGCUUCGAUGGCGAAUCCGGCGGGUGGAGGGGCCUGGAAGGCGGCGUCCCCCUAGGUUUCCCCCAGAUUCCUCCCUCCGUUCUCCUUCCGCUUGGCGGUGGCGUCUGAAUUACUCAACCACCAUCUCCGACUCAAUCUAGGGAGUCUCGAUCUUCUUCCCUCGUGAUGUCUCUGCUUCCUCUUCUUCGCUGAUUGUUUUUCUGGUAGCCAAUGGGCGGAGCUUGGAGAAGGCAAUGGAGGAGGAGGAUAACACCACGGGAAGCAGCAGUAGCGGCAGCAGCGGCAAGUCCAAGGAAUCCUCCGUGGUAACGGACGAGGGCGGCGCCGCCGCCAUGGCUACCGACGAUGCGGCGGCGGAGAACCCGACCCCCCUGCUCUCCGACCGCCGCAGAGCUCUCUUCGAGCCGCUGGCGCCGACGAACGGCCGGAUCUCGAACGAGGACCUCCUGCCGCCGCCGGACUUCGACGCCGUGACCUACCCCAAGGGCUGGGUGGUGGGGAAGAAGAGGAAGCUCGUGAACGUGGACGUCGUGGAAAGCAUGCGCAGGAUCGCCGUCCAGGAGAUGAACAGGAAGGUGAGGAAGCUUCUCCUCUAAAAGCUCUAGGGUUCCUUCCGCCCGUCCUCUCUCUCCCUCUGCAACGCCGACUUCCUGGCCUCUUCAGGACCGGGAGAUCGACGGCCUGAACGAGCAGCUUGAAGAAGACUCCCGCUGCCUGGAGCACCUCCAGAUUCAGCUGCUGGAGGAGCGGACGAAGCGGGCGGACGUGGAGAGGGAGAACGCCAUGCUCCAUAACCAGAUCUCCAUGCUCAUGAGCAUGCUCGAGCCGGAGGACGCUGAUUCCCCACCGGAGAACUCCUGA